UUAAAUUUAUAAAACAAGGAAAAACAUUUAUUUUACUUUAUCUUUUAAUUUCAAUAGUGACAAUUAAAUAAGUUGUGGAUACUCUUAACAUAUUGUCCGAUUUCUAAACACUACCCAGAAUACAAAUAGCACCCCCGAUUAGGGAAACGCGUUUAAUUGAAGAUAACAAACAACGCACACAACGUUUUCUACUCAGAGUUAACAGAAGAAUAAAACUCGAAAUUUUUAGCGGUAACUUUACGUUUAAAUUACCGCAUCAGAUACUUUGAAACAAGCUCUAUUCAUUGGACCCUUCCAAAAGAAAAUAGAAGGCUUUCAAAUUUAUUUACUUAACGUUGUAAAUUUACACAUUUUGGUGUUGUUGCUUUCACUUUCCGAGUGACUGUGACUCAAACUAAAAAAAGAAAAAGAGCGCGCUUAUCAAUUCAGUGGAGAAAUAAAUAUUUUGAGAUAAGUAAAUAUUUAUUUCAGAGAUUGUCAAGAGAAUUAAAAACAGUGAAUACGGAGAUUAAUUUUAGAAACUCACCUUCUCCGAGCCCUUACUAGUAACGAUGUCUGAAACAGUGCCAAAGAAGAGACUUCUCUCCACGUCGUCUCCAGAAGGAUUACUGGUGGCUUCAAGGAUCACGUCCACCAGAAUUGCAAAUUUACUUAUACGUGAAGGACCACAACCUAUACGUAGGAUCACGUCACAAUUGGCGGUUGAAGUUGUUGGGUUUGACUUGCUUUCACUCUCAAAGCAAAGAAGACUUAUUAUGGCCGCCAUGGAACAAGUUGACCCGGAAAAUAACGUUGUAUUUGAAAAAAUAGGUUGGGGUCAAUGGGCGGUAAGAAGAGUUGAUUCUGACUAUAUUUACACAGAGGGGAACUCUGAAGCGAAGUUUCUGCUUGAUGAAGAAGCCAAGAAAUUGAGUGUUCAAGAGUUACGGAAUCAAACUGGAGUGAAAUUGGGAUGGACAAAGAAACAACCACAAUCAGGCGUACUUUCAUCGAUGUCACCACCUAAACUCAAACACCCUGUGAUCCCGGCAGAUGCAUCCAAGCUUCGUAGAGAAUCUAUUUCUGCCAACAAACAUAAUCUCCAUAAUAUUAAGGUUCCCAUGGAGACGUCGACCACCACUUCAAAUGCUAUUGAAUCUGAUUCCGAGGAUGAUUUUGCACUUUCAGAUGAAAUGGAUGAUGUUGAUGAUGAGGAAGACGACUCUGAUGAAAGUGAUGAUGGAGCUGGGGACAGUGCACUUUUCAAGUUUGAUGACGAUUCAUUACCCAACCAAUCCAUUGAUAAGUUCAAAAGACAAUUGAAGUCUCCACCACCGAUCAAGUUUGCCAACAGAGUGCCACUUAAAGUGAGUCCACCACCGGGGACAGGACCAACCAUUAUGAAUGGACAAAGACGUAGAUCGUCGACAUCAACCACCAAUUCCGUUUCUAAAUCGUACAGUUAUAGUCAACGACAUCAAAUAUUCAAUCGUUCAAGACUCAAUUCGUUAGAAAACCUUGAUAAUUAUAUUCUCUCUUCUGCCAAGGGGUCUGGAGCCUCUUUGGCAUCACCUCCACCACCAGGAGUUACUUCGGCAGUUAUUGCCGCAGCAGCUAAUGGUCAACCAACAAACAACAACUAUUCACAAUCACAACAAUACUCACCGGCUGGUCCGCAUGGUAAUUCGUUGUCUUCACUGCCAUGGAACCCAGGAUAUUAUAUCCAUAAUUCGUCGGGGUCACCCGAUAGUAUUGCAGCCACUAUGUCUGGAGGAAGAAGAAAAUCAUCAUUUAAUGAAUCACAUAUUCGAUCUACAUUAUCAUCUUCAUUACCGAAAGUUCAAGUGGAGAUGAAAAAUGGUACCUAUGAAGAUUCAACCCAUUCACGAUCCACGAAUUCUGUGUAUAAACACCUGCCACCAAUGUCGAAGGUGCAAUUGAAAGGAGAACAACCUCUUAGUGACACAGAUGAAGAAGAUUGGGCCACGAUAGGGGCAGAACUGCUUCGUAGUGGGAUAGCCAGACGAAACAGAGCCGCUGAAGAAGCUGAAGCCAAUAAUCGUAAUAAUAACAAUAGCAGUAGUAAUAAUAUUGAGGAGAGAAAUGCAGCAUAUGCAUUGGUUGAUCUAAUGUCGGUAUGAAAGGACGAAACUACGCAAAGUAUAUAGUCAAUGAAUUAACAAU